AUGGGUGGAUUUGCGUCCUGUCGAGGAGCUAUGUUGAAGUUCAUUCCAGUCUUACCGAACUACAUUACCAUACUCGAUUUUUCUAGAAAUCGAUUGGAAAGUAUCAACGCUUCAACUUUUAGCUACCCGGAAUCAUAUCAUUGUAAAACACCACCUGGAAAAGACGGUGCGUUGCUUGAAAAUGCCAUGCCAACAUUUUUUAAAUGUCAAAAUAAUGACAUAUUUUUUGCAGUAGUCACAUCACUGUCCUUAUCAGGUAUUGUUUUUGUGAUUAUUUCAAGUUUAAUCUUCCGUUUACGAUGGCAUAUACGGUAUUGGGUAUAUCUCUAUCGUGUUAAAAAGAAAGGAUUUUCUCUAAUUACAUAUGAGGCGGCAAAUUUUGAGUUCGAAGCAUACGUAAUUUACUGUGAAAAAGACUUACACUGGAUCCGACACAAGCUAUUAGAAAAUAUUGAAAAGGAGUCUGGAAUUCCUCUAUGUAUAAAAGAUCGUGAUUUUGAAGUUGGUAAUGCAUUAGUAGACAAUAUUGUUGAAAACAUGUCUGCUAGCAGGAGAAUAAUUCUCAUUAUAUCUCGUGAUAUGGUAAAAAACAGCUGGUGCCUCUUUGAAACGAGAAUAGCACAGGAACAAUUUCUGAACAGGGAAUCUGAUGCGUUAAUAAUUAUUAUGGUGGAGGAUGUUUCUGAAGAAAAUAUGUCGUCAAGUUUGCGUGCCUUUGUCAAUUCAUCACCAGUUUGUAAAUUUCCAACAAAAGAAUAUGAAGAAGGACCAUUCUGGUUGGACUUAACAAAAUUACUUCGAGAGCAAAGAUAGAACUGGAAAAUUCAAAUCCUCUCCGAACCUGCUUUAAAAUUACUUGUGUUAGUAUA